AAAAACUUGAUGAGGAUGAUGGGAGGAGAGACAUGGGCUAACAUUGGAUCGGCGGCGGCCGGAGUAAUGUUUUUUUGGGCGAUGUUCAAACAAUACUUUCCCCACGAACUCCGACAACCUAUCGAGAAAUACGUUAGAGAACUCGUCAGCCUGUUCUACCCAUACAUUCAUGUUACCUUCCACGAGUAUUCCAGCGACGGCCGCUUUGAACGCUCAAAACUCUACAUCGCCAUUGAGCGUUACUUGGCCGAAAACUCGUCCAAUCGGGCCAAGAGAUUAAAGGCAGACGUCACCUACGGUUCGGACGCUCUGGUCUUCAGCAUGGACGAUCACGAAGAAGUUAUCGACGAGUUUCAAAACGUCAAACUUUGGUGGUCGUCCAGCCAUACGCCACCGCAAAGACAGACAAUCACUGUAUUCCCAGGAGAGGACGAGAAGCGUUAUUACAAACUCAAGUUCCAUAAGAAGAAUCGCGAGCUCGUGACCACAACUUACCUUAAGCACGUCCUUGACGAGGGAAAAGCGAUUGCGGUCAGGACUAGACAGAGGAAGCUAUACACCAAUUGUAAAAGCGAAGAGAGGAGCGGUAGAUUCCGUUACCAGAGAAUGUGGAGUCAUGUGAAAUUUGAACAUCCUUCUAAUUUCAAUACUCUGGCUAUGGAUCCAAUCAAGAAGAAGGAGAUUAUUAAUGAUUUGAUCAAAUUCAGUCAAUCUAAAGAUUAUUAUACCCAAAUUGGAAAGGCAUGGAAACGUGGGUAUCUCUUGUAUGGUCCUCCCGGGACUGGUAAAUCGUCCAUGAUCGCGGCCAUGGCUAAUCUUCUAGAGUACGAUGUAUAUGACCUUGAAUUAACGGCUGUUAAGGAUAAUACAGAGCUAAGGAAGCUACUAAUCGACAUGUCAAGUAAAUCGAUUGUGGUGAUUGAGGACAUCGAUUGCUCACUUGAUUUGACUGGGCAGAGGAAGAAGAAAGAAGAGGAUAAGGAGAAGGAGAAGGCUAAAGAGAAAGACCCUGCUAAGAUUAUGAAGCCGGAUGAUAAGGACAGCAAAGUUACUCUUUCCGGGCUUUUGAAUUUCAUAGAUGGGUUAUGGUCUGCUAGCGGCGGGGAGAGAAUCAUCAUUUUCACGACCAAUUAUGUGGAGAAGCUGGAUCCUGCUCUGGUUCGGAGGGGGAGAAUGGACAAGCAUGUUGAAUUGUCCUAUUGUGGGUUCGAGGCGUUUAAGAUUCUUGCAAAGAAUUACAUGGACCUUGAUUCGCACAGUCUGUUUCCAACUAUUGAGGAAAAACUGAAACAAGUUGAUAUGACGCCGGCGGACGUGGCUGAAAAUCUGAUGCCGAAAUCUGAAGAAGACGAUGCGUAUAGUUGUUUGGAGGGUCUGGUUAUUGCACUGGAUAAGGCUAAAGAAGACGCAAUUAAGUUGAAAGCAGAGAAGGAGGCCAAACAGAAGAAAAAGGAAGAAGAAGCAGAAGAGGUGAAGAAGGAUGGAGAGAAUGCUAUUGCUAUAGGAGAAGAAGAAGUUAAACAAAAUGGAUUAGCAUCUCAUGAUUAACCGAUCCCAAAAUUGGUCCGGUGGAAAGAAUCGACUAUAAAAAAAAAAAUGUCAAUAGCAUUUAAAUAGAAUUGGAGGGAUUAUAGUAGUAGUUCUCUUCUCA